AUGGAAAUUCGCAUAAUUAUCUACCCCCCAGGCUUUCGAGAUGGUCAGCACCCAAACCUGCAUGUGCUUGUAGACUCACAAGUGGAGCGGGUUUUGUUCGAAGACCAGACGGCCGUUGGCGUGGUCUAUCGGCCGAACCCUGAGUACCAGCCCGGCGGGAGCAGUCAAUUGAUCAAGUCAAAGCGGAUGGUGAUUCUAACCUGCGGCACUCUCGGCACUCCACUGGUUCCCGAGCGCUCUGGCACCGGGAAUCCCGAGAUUUCAAAACGUGCCGGGGUCUCGCCUAUAGCAGAUGUCUGCGGAGUUGGCCAUGAAUACGAAGACCACCAGUCCACCAUGCAUCCAUACAAGUCCACGCUGAAGCCCGAGGAGACUAUGGACCAGUUCCUAACCGGCCGGGUCGACCCCAAGGAUUUAAUGGGGUGGAACGCUGUGGACGUGCAAACCAAGAUCAGACCAACUGACGCCGAAGUUUCUAGCCUAGGGCCUGAAUUCCGGGAGAUCUGGGAUAGGGAGUUCAAGGAAGUCCCAGACAAGCCACUAACGAUCCUCUCGCCGUGUGCAGGCUACGACGGCAACCCGCUCCCAUUCUCUGGGCAGUACUUCUCCCUGGUCGGGUGGAGCCUGUACCCCUUCUCGCGCGGACACAUCCACAUCACCGGGCCCCGCAUCGACGACCUGUGCGACUUCAACCCGGGCCUCCUAUCGGACCCGCGCGGCCUUUGGUCAGUACCUAUCAUUAUAUACACCAAGCCAUAG